GACAACGUGAGCGCCUGAGGUAAAAAGGGGCCAGAGGGAGCAGGAUAAGAAGGAUUAGGGGACCUGGGGAAAGAAGGUUGUAGCUCUCUGAUAGAGGUCAGAGCGUGCAGCAGUCGGGGAAACAGGCGAGGCAGGGGAACCUUGUUUUUGAACAUCUAAUUUGAGGGACAAGUGCUGUUUCUGAACACGUACCCGAGGAAUGUGAUUAAUGCCAUGUUGACCUUGUGAAGAUGACAGUGGGCAAACCUGUCUCGAGUGCUGAAAUGACGCCAAUGUUGUUUGUCGUCCUGCUGAUGAGUAAUGCCUGGUCAGUCUCCGCUCAGUUCAAUGGAUACAACUGUGACUCAAACUUCCACAGCAGGUUUCCUGGUGAGCGGGAUAUCAGUGUGUACUGCGGGGUUCAAACCAUCACCUUAAAGAUCAACUUCUGCCCCGUGCUCUUUUCCGGCUACACCGACGCAGAUUUAGCCCUGAACGGUCGCCACACUGACUCCCAAUGCCGCGGCUUCAUCAACAACAACACCUUCCCCACGGCGGUCCUGUUCAGCAUCAGUCUGAGCACUCUGGAGGCCUGCGGAAACAGCCUGGUGGUCAGCACAGCAUACGGGGCCAACGCUUAUGGGAACAUGUCUCUGGUACAAAUCGGGAAUGUCUCCGGUUACAUCGACACACCUGACCCUCCCACUAUAAUAAGCUACCUGCCCGGUUUGUUGUAUAAAUUCAGCUGCAGCUACCCGCUGGAAUACCUGGUCAAUAACUCACAGCUGGCAUCCUCCUCUGCUGCUGUAUCCGUCAAGGACAGCAACGGUACAUUUGUGAGCACAUUGAGUUUGAUGCUUUACAACGAUUCAACCUACAACCAACCUCUCUCCAUCCCGAUGGCCGGGCUGGCUCUGAAAACUCGAGUAUUUGCUGCUGUUAAAGCCACAAACUUAGACAAACGGUGGAACAUCUUGAUGGACUACUGUUAUGCGACCCCCUCGGGGAAUCCUAAUGAUGAACUCCGCUAUGACCUUUUCUUUGGCUGCUACAAAGACCCACAGACGACAGUUUUUGAGAAUGGUAAGAGCCAGAUGGGACGCUUUUCCUUCGAGGUUUUCCGCUUUGUCAAACACAGACAUCAAAAGAUGUCCACUGUGUUUUUGCACUGUGUCAGCAAGCUGUGCCGCGCAGACGACUGCAUCAUGCUCAUACCGAUCUGUGGUCGACGGCGGAGGCGAGAGGAGAGCCUUGAUUCUCCACCAGCAGCGUCUGGAAACGCCAUCAUUACCGCUGGACCAAUCAUCACCAGGAGUGAUGAAACUCCUGUCAACAACUCCCAACUUGCAUCUGGUGGCCCCUCCCACCAGAUGAACCCUGUGACCAGUUCUCUGAUCUCAGGCGUGGUCAUCCUGGGAGGGGUCAGCGUGGGCUUAGUCCUGCUGUCGGUCCGCCUCCUGAAGAAGUCCCGCCUCACAACAACCACAGCCUCAGGUGUUUGGAGCCCCAGCUUUAAAUGAAACAACACCUUUUGUAUAGUAACACCUUGAUACUGACUUUAUGAGAAGUAUGUUAAACAAAGUUAUAAUGUACAUGUACACUCUCCUUGUACACACAUUAUUAAAUCUGUAUA